AUGCCAGCAAAUCUUGAAAAAGGAUGUUCAAAAAUAACCAUAUGUCAGACUGUUUUCUCUAUAUAUGUCUUUAUUGUCCAGGUUAAUACAUUUUCUUUAGAAAACUGCACUGUCAAAGGUGCUCUAAAUGAUACCUACCAGUUGAAAGUGCUUUGCUAAAAAAUUGAUUUUUUAAAGGUUCUUUCUCAGAUACCCAACAAGGUCAGAUACUUAGAUAUUUCCUUCAACUUAAUUUCAAACAUCAAAGCCAGUGAAUUUGAUGAUAUUUGGAACUUAAGAUAUCUGAACUUAUCAGACAACAACAUUUCAUGGAUACAAGAAGGAACUCUUGAACACUUCCCCAACUUGACCAAUCUUAAUCUGGCCAAUAACAAGUUGAAAAACGUGUCAAGAGGUCUACUACAAGGUCUAACCCAGCUGCAAGUGUUACGACUGGAUGGUAAUAGAAUUGAAGGAAUUGAGCAACAUUCUUUCAGCACCCUUCUGAAUUUAAAGGUCUUGAACCUCACAAAAAAUAAGAUCCAACACAUUGACAGGCUCAAGCCUGUGCUUUCAUCACCAGUUUUGGAAGAAUUGUUCAUUGGAUGCAACAAAUUACAUAGAUUUAACUCAUAUGACCUGUCAAAGUCACCUUUGUCACUACGAAAAAUAGAUUUUUCUUACAAUCUUUUGAUCAGUUUUCAAAUAAUUGAAAACAUUUUUCCAGUUCUAUAUCACCUUGAUAUAUCACACUGUGGUCAAGACAGAGCCAUGUUAUGGAACAUCACAGAUAAAGCAUAUUUGAAUUCAGUAAUGACACUUUACAUGAGUGGGAUUCAUAUUCCACUGGAGAGCAUAGCUACAUUUCUUCAGAUCUUGGCUUCAUUGUAUAAGAUAAGAUUAAGUGAAAUCAACCAGGUAAAGGUAGAGGCUCUUCUACAGUAUGUGUCUUCUCCUGAGCUUGGCAUAUUGCUCUUGAAGGGAAACAACAUCUCAGUGCUGACCGAGCAUAUGUUUAAACACUGUUUCAACCUAAUAGAACUAGACUUGUCAGAUAAUGAAAUAUCUAACAUAUCUGCACUGGUAUUCAUAGGACUUACACAGUUGAACGUAAUGCGCCUGCAACUCAAUCAGUUGAUACAGGUCAAACGUACUUUCCAGAUGCUCCCUACACUCAAGUUUAUAGACCUCAGUAGAAAUCUAAUUCAUACAUUGACCUGUUCAGACUUUGAGCUCUACUUGUACAGCAACACAUUCUCUGCAAUUAAUCCAUGCCUGUUCAAAGAUCUGAAUAAUCUUGAAGUUCUAAAACUGGGGUCUAACAAAUUAUUGACAAUUGACAAUGCUUUCAAAAAUUGUCUACCUUCCUUGAAGAAUUUACAACUGGUAUAUAAUAAGUUAAGCACACUUACAGAUGGAAGCUUUAAGAGUUUGUCCAAUCUUAAGUCCCUGAGCAUUUCUGACAAUCAGAUUUCUGAGAUUGAAAGACAUGCAUUUACAGGACUUAUAAACCUAGAUCAAUUGUUACUUUCCUCAAACAGGAUAACCAAGAAAAGUAUCAGAGACCCAACAGUGUUCUCAGGGAUGCCUAACUUGAAACACCUAGACCUAUUUAGCAAUGUCAUUUCAUAUAUGGAUGAUAAUUUGAACAAUCCUCCUUUUAUACAUUUAAAGUCACUAAAAUGUUUGUCUAUUCAUAGUCAAAGAUGAGGGUUUGGUAAAAUACCCUCAAAUCUGCUUCAAGGUUUAACCUCCUUGGAAAUGUUCUAUGGUGGAAGCAUGAACCUUGAUCAUCUACAUCCUGAUACAUUUAACUCCACCCCUAAACUUUGGUUUUUGGACCGCUCAAAGAAUGCAUUUUCAGCUGACAAUUCAAUUCCUCCAGAAGUGUUCCACCCAGUUCCAGGGCUGACCAAGCUCAUCAUCUCAAAAGCUCAGCUUCAUUCCUUGAGCUUCUUAUUAAAUGCAAGGCUCUCCAGAUUGUCAGUUAUACAAGCCUCUGAAAACAUGUUAGAUGUCAUCAACCAGACACUGAUUAAGUCUCUCUCUCGACUGAGAUACCUUGACAUGAAAAGAAACACCUUCACUUGUGACUGUAGCAAUGAGAUUUUUAUUGACUGGGCUAUGAAAAGUAACUAUACUCAGGUAAUUUACCUGAGCAGAUAUACCUGCAGUUACCCACCUUCAAUGAGAGGCAUGAGAUUUGUAAACCUCAACACAGAGUCUUGUAUCGUGAGUAUAGACUUCAUCUGCUUUAUAUGCACCUCUGUCUUGGCUGUCUUCACCCUUCUGGCCUCUUUCAUCUAUCACUUCCUGUACUGGCAAAUGGUUUAUGCAUAUUACCUAUUCCUUGCCUUCCUACAUGAUAAUAAGAAGAAACAGAUGCACCAGCAGCAUGGAUUUCAGUAUGAUGCUUUUAUUUCCUACAAUGCCCAAGAUGAACCUUGGGUUGUGCAGGAGCUGCUCCCCAAUCUGGAGAGUGAGCAGGGCUGGAGACUGUGUCUGCAUUACAGGGACUUUGAGCCAGGAAAGCCCAUCAUAGACAAUAUCAUAGAUGGAAUAUACAGUAGUCAUAAGACCAUUUGCUUGAUCACCCACAGUUACUUGAGGAGUACAUGGUGCUCAAAGGAAAUACAAAUGGCUAAUUUCAGACUAUUUGAUGAACAGAAAGAUGUGCUGAUCCUAGUAUUUUUGGAGGAUAUUCCUACUCAACAGCUGUCUCCUUACCAUCAAAUGCGGAAGCUGGUGAAGAAGAUGACCUGUCUUAGAUGGCCCAAAGCUGGAGAAGAUAUUAGACUCUUUUGGCAAAAGCUGAGACAGGCUUUAGAGACCAAAGGAGACCCAGAAGAAGAGAAUACUAUUCUGGAUGUUAAGCUUUCAGACUGA